AUGAGGAAGCCUUGCAUUGAUCAUAACAAGGAUAAAAUGAGAGGAGCUUGGUCUAAAACUGAUGGUCUGCUUGAUAGCACAAAAGGAGGCAACUUUUCUGAGGAUGAAGAUGAUCUCAUCAUCAGGCUUCAUGCCCUUCUUGGCAACAGGUGGUCAUUAAUAGCGGGGAGAUUGCCAGGUCGCCGUGAUGAUGAAGUGAAGAACUAUUGGAACUCCCAUUUGAAAAUAAAGCUUACAAAAAUGGGAAUUGAUCCAAUGAAUUAUCGCAUAUCCGAUUAUGUUCGUUGGAAAAACCUCAAGUUUAAUUGGCUAAAAAAUGAAGAAUCUGAUCGAGAAAUAUCUGAUGCCGAAAGUUCUUCCACCUCAAGAAGCUCAACCAUAGGUUAAAAAAUUACCUGUACCUGAUACUUGUACCAAACUAAUAUUAAUACCGCAAUAUUUUAACAAUUUAGUUCA